AUGUCCUCUCAUUCUCUCCAUCUCCCCCAUCUCUCUUUCUGUGAGUCUGUGAAGAGGAAGGUUUUUACAGCUGUAAGUGGCUUUAGUCUUCCAGUCCAAGAACAGCAUUGGUCUUUUAUACCCCACCAGCCUCUCAGUGUGCCCCGAGAGUGACAUCACUAACAGUGACCUCUCAGUGUGCCCAGAGAGUUGACAUCACUAGCAGUGACCUCUCAGUGUGCCCAGAUCGUUGAUAUUACUAGCAGUGACCUCCCAGCGUUCCCCGAGAGUGACAUCACUAGUAGUGACCUCUCCCUGUGCCCCGAGAGUGACAUCACUAGCAGUGAUCUCUCAGUGUGCCCAGAGAGUUGACAUCACUAGCAGUGACCUCCCAGCGUUCCCCGAGAGUGACAUCACUAGUAGUGACCUCUCCCUGUGCCCCGAGAGUGACAUCACUAGCAGUGAUCUCUCAGUGUGCCCAGAGAGUUGACAUCACUAGCAGUGACCUCCCAGCGUUCCCCGAGAGUGACAUCACUAGUAGUGACCUCUCCCUGUGCCCCGAGAGUGACAUCACUAGCAGUGAUCUCUCAGUGUGCCCAGAGAGUUGACAUCACUAGCAGGGACCUCUCAGUGUGCCCCGAGAGUGACAUCACUAGCAGUGACCUCUCAGUGUGCCCCGAGAGUGACAUCACAAACAGUGAUCUCUCAGUGUGCCCAGACAGUGACAUCACUAGCAGUGACCUCCCAGCAUUCCCCGAGAGUGACAUCACUAGCAGUGACCUCUCCCUGUGCCCCAAGAGUGACAUCACUAACAGUGAUCUCUCAGUGUUCCCAGACAGUGACAUCACUAGCAGUGACCUCCCAGCGUUCCCCGAGAGUGACAUCACUAGCAGUGACCUCUCCCUGUGCCCCAAGAGUGACAUCACUAACAGUGAUCUCUCAGUGUGCCCAGAGAGUUGACAUCACUAGCAGUGACCUUUCAGUGUGCCCAGAGAGUUGACAUCACUAGCAGUGACCUCUCAGUGUGCCCUGAGAGUGACAUCACUAGCAGUGACCUCUCAGUGUGCCCAGAGAGUUGACAUCACUAGCAGUGACCUCUCAGUGUGCCCUGAGAGAGACAUCACUAGUAGUGACCUCUCAGUGUGCCCCGAGAGUGAUAUCACUAGCAGUGACCUCUCAGUGUGCCCCGAGAGAGACAUCACUAGUAGUGACCUCUCAGUGUGCCCCAAGAGUGACAUCACUAGUAGUGACCUCUCAGUGUGCCUCGAGAGAGAAACCACUAGUAGUGAGUUGUCAUCGUGCCCCGAGAGUGACAUCACUAGCAGUAACCUCUCAGUGUGCCCCGAGAGUGACAUCACUAGCAGUGACCUCUCAGUGUGCCCCGAGAGUGACAUCACUAUCAGUGACCUGUCAGUGUGCCCUGAGAGUGACAUCACUAGCAGUGACCUGUCAGUGUGCCCUGAGAGUGACAUAACUAGCAGUGUCCUGUCUGCGUGCCCCGAGAAUGAUAUCAUUAGCAAUGACCUCUCAGUGUGUCCAGACAGUGACAUCACUAGCAGUGACCUCUCAGUGUGCCCAGACAGUGACAUCACUAGCAGUGACCUCUCAGUGUGCCUUGACAGUGACAUCACUAGCAGUGACCUCUCAGUGUGCUCCGAGAGUGACAUCACUAGCAGUGACCUCUCAGUGUGCCCCGAGAGUGACAUCACUAGCAGUGACAUCACUAGCAGUGACCUCUCAAUGUGCCCCGAGAGUGACAUCACUAGCAGUGACAUCACUAGCAGUGACCUCUCAAUGUGCCCCGAGAGUGACAUCACUAGCAGUGACAUCACUAGCAGUGACCUCUCAGUGUGCCCCGAGAGUGACAUCACUAGCAGUGACCUCUCAGUGUGCCCUGAGAGUGACAUCACUAGCAGUGACCUGUCAGUGUGCCCCGUGAGUGACACCACUAGCAGUGACCUCUCAGUGUGCCCCGAGAGUGACACCACUAGCAGUGACCUCUCAGUGUGCCCUGAGAGUGACACCACUAGCAGUGACCUGCAGUGCCUGUGGGUUAGGCUAAUUCUUUUACAGUGA